AGUGGUUAAGGAUUUGAAGCACCACAGAAGGUUCUGCAGAGUGUAAGAAAUGCUACCAAAAACUACGCUUCCAUGUAAGAGAAGUCGAUGCAAGUCCUGUCUCUUUUCAGGCAGAUUUCACCACACCUCUUUAUGGUUAACCCUUAACCCGGCACUGACGACAAUACAAACAAAAAUGGCGGCUUCCGUGGUUGCCCAGUGCAACCAGAAACUGGGCCAUAAGCAAUUUAGAGCUGCCCUGAAGAAAGAGAAAAGGAAAAAGAAGCGUCAAGCCUUUGCUAAACUAAGAGAUGCAGAAUUACCUGAAGAAGAGGGAGAAGGGGACACUUUGCAAGAUGAAGAACUUGAGGAAGAGAGAAGGGCUGAAGAGGAAAGGCAACGCUUACACCUUCAAUGGAUGGAAAAAGAAAAGAUUGCACAGGAGGAGUUCCGACUGAGAAGAGAAAAGGAGGAAGCAGCCAGAUUGAAACGAGAGGAAGAGGAGUGGAGAAUUAAAGAAGAAUGGGAAGAGCAGCAAAAAAAAGAACAACAUGAAAAAGAGAAGAAACAGCAGGAGAAGAGAGACAGAGAGGAAGCUGUGCAGAAAAUGCUGGAUCAAGCUGAGAGCCAGCUGGAAAAUGGUGGUACGUGGCAUAACCCAGAGGCUCCAGUGGAUUACGGAACAGAGAAAGAUAGGGCUAACUGUCCAUUCUAUCUGAAAACAGGCGCGUGCAGAUUUGGAGACAGGUGCUCUCGCAAGCAUGCUCAUCCAGCCUCGAGCCCAACACUCAUGAUCAGAGGCAUGUUUGUGUCCUUUGGGAUUGAGCAGAGUAGGAGAGAUGACUAUGACACAGACGCCAGCCUGGAAUACAGUGAGGAGGAGGUUCACCAGCAGUUUCUGGACUUCUAUGAAGAUGUGCUUCCUGAGUUUAAAAGUGUGGGCAAGGUCCUUCAGUUCAAGGUUAGCUGUAAUUUUGAGCCUCACCUGAGGGGAAAUGUGUAUAUCCAAUUUCAAACGGACGAUGAGUGCAGGGAAGCCUUUAUGCGCUUUAAUGGUCGCUACUACGCAGGAAGGCAGCUUCAGUGCGAGUUCUGUCCAGUAACGAGGUGGAAGACAGCAAUAUGUGGUCUUUUCGACAGGCAGAAGUGUCCCAGAGGCAAACACUGCAACUUCCUACACGUUUAUAGAAACCCUGAUAACCAGUUCUGGGAGGCAGACCGGGACUUUCACAUGUCCCCUGACAGAAGCAGCCAGUAUUCCGGCCGGUUCUCUGAACGCUACUCUGAGCGGAGGGGCAGAUCGUUUCAGUAUAGUGAUUACAAGUCCAGGAGGCAGCACAGCUGCAGUCCAGAGAGUUCUCGAAGGAGAAAUGGGGAAUCGGACAGGAGGGCUGGGAACAGGAGUCGGAGCAGGGAGAGGCUGAGAACUCAAAGGUCCAGAAGCCGUAGCAAGGAGAGAGGGAAUUCAAGAGCCGAACGGCCAAGGAGCAAAGAGCGGAGGAGAUCCAACAGCAGGGAGAGGUUCUCAGCCAGGAGAGAGAGGAGAUCCAAGAACAGGAGCAGAACACGAUCCAAAAGUAGAGAUAAGAAGAGGUCUAAGUCACCCAGGGAGUCUAGAAAGAGGACCAGAAACAGGUCAAGAUCAAAGAGCCACAGUGGUAGUGGUGAUGGAGAUGGAAGGUCUUGCAGCAAAGGCGGGUCUCCAAGCCAAACUGAGAUAAGAAAGGCAAGGAGCAGGAGCAGGAGCUCAGAACGGAUUGACUGCAAGAGCCCCCGGCACAAACACAGCAAGAAGAGCAAGAAGAAGAAACAAAAGAAAGACAAAAAGAAGAACCGGUCACCAGACAAGAAGCAAUCCCCCAAUUCCUUAAAGAAACACUCAGAAGAUGAUAAAAACUCUCCUCUUAAUCCUGUUGAGAAAGACUGUCUGAUGGAAGAAGGAACACAGCAAGAUGUCCCCUCAGUUGGAAAAAAUAGUGGGACAGUCUUGGAAUCUGAUCCUGCACUUGGAAUCCCAGAAAAGCAACAGGAUGAAGAUAAUGUUCAUAAUGUAAAACCUGAGGGAAAACAUAUUUCCCAAGAGUAAUUUUGUUUGUAGUAGUAUUCCACAGUCAAAUGUGCAAUUGUAAGCCCCUUGUGUGUGAAGAAGAAACAUUUCUCAAACAAAUAGUACUGUAUAUACUUUUGAUGUGACACAUAAUUAAAAAAUUUGUAUG